CGAAAAUAUUUACUUUAAUUAAAUUGAUAGGAUACGAUGAACUAGUGUUGUGUAAAUAUGGCAAUCAGUCGUUCAAGUGUAUUUUUGUUGAGUGCGGUUUGUUUUUUGGUACUGGCACAGUUUUUUGUUAUCAGUGAUGCUUAUAGUCAAAGAGAAUGUGGCGUGUCACUGAGAAGGCACACUAGACAGCCCAGAGACAGGUCCGCUGGCCAGCUGCGCAUCAUCAGAGGCAGGGAGUCUAAGCGAGGUGCUUGGCCGUGGCAGGUGUCGUUACAACUGCUUCACCCCAACUACGGUCUGAUUGGGCACUGGUGUGGCGGUGUGCUGAUACACCCGCUAUGGCUGCUGACCACUGCACACUGCAUACACAAUGAACUGUUCAACUUACCAGUCGCAGCGCUGUGGACUGCGGUCCUCGGGGAGUGGGACCGCGCCGAGCAGAGAGGUUCUUUCGUGCCCAUUGAGAAGAUCAUAUUGCACCAUCGCUUCCAUAAUUACCAACAUGAUAUAGCUUUAAUGAAAAUGACAAGGGCGGCUGACGUUAGCCCCGGAAGCAGGAUUCGUACAAUCUGUCUGCCUUCAUACGAGUCACCUCUAGCAAACUUCAGCCCUGAAAAAGGCACGUCAUACUUUGUAAAAUCCAACUCUGAGUCCGCCAAAAGAAAGUCAGACAAACGUCCCAAACCGAAUCCAGAUUCUGCAUCCAAAUAUUUAGAGAAACUAAACAAUUUGACUAAAAUUAUGUUCCCAGGAUAUUCUAACAAGAAACAUAAGAAUAUGAGAUAUAAUAUAAGGGUGUCGAAUAAUUCAAACAGACAGGCAGACAAAAAGAGCGACGAUGAAGAAGAAAAUCCCAAUAUUGAGAAGAAAAACAGAGAUAUAAUUUAUGAUAGAGUAACACUAGAUAGUGUUGUAAAAUUGAUACAAAGUAAUAUUAACGACGGGGAUAAAGUAAGCAAUGAAAGGAGUGAUAAAAAGCUGAUGUUUGGUGAAGAAAUAGAUCCAUUUAUUGAAGAUGAUAACGGCAUUGAUGUGAAAGAUGAAUGCUAUACGACUGGUUGGGGUCGAGAUCAAACUAAUGGGUCUUUAACAGAUGUAUUACUGGAAGCAGAGGUACCGAUACUACCUUUGAAUAUUUGCAGAGACAGAUACUCUUUAUCUUUGCCAUUGAAUGAUGGACACUUGUGCGCAGGAAGUACUGACGGAAGCACUGGUGCUUGUGUGGGCGACAGCGGCGGUCCCCUCCAGUGCCGGUCCGGCGGGUCCGGCGGUCGCGUUGGGGGUCGCUGGGAGCUGCGCGGACUUACUUCGUUCGGGUCGGGAUGCGCGCGCCGCGGCGUACCUGACGUCUACACAAACGUCGCUCACUACGUUGCAUGGAUAUAUACGCAUAUUUACGCUAGUUAAUAUUUAGCAAUAACAGUGG